AUGCCAUUCCACAUCCCGCACCACCAGCACCACCUCUCCGACCCUCAGUUCACUCACGACAACUACUACGGCGCCGUCAAUGCCAUUUACUCUGCUGGCCAGACUGUGACCUCUGUCGGUGCCCCAAACCCUCACCCUCACCCUCACCCUCAUCCUCAGUACUUGGACAACAACCACCCCCCCAAUCCGCCCACCACGGCGCCCGAAUCCAGAUCCUACCUCCCUCAGUCCCUCCCUCAGUCCCAGCCAAACACCAAUGGCAACGGUACCGUGAUCCCGUACCGUCCUGGCCCUCCUCCCUCCGCCUAUACGAGUGUGCAAGAGGCCCAGCCUGGCCAAUAUCAGCCAGGUCUGAGGCGGUCUCUGACCAUCGGUCGCCAACAGGCCGACGAGUUGCAUUUGAACCAGCAGGGAACGGCCAUGAGCGACGUCCACCACUAUGGUGCACCGCCAGCAUACACAGGGGAAGGACUGUCCAUCAAGAUCGAGCCCUCUACACCUCAGCAUCCUAGCACCGUCGCCAGUCAGCCUGUCCCAGGCACACUGCAACCGGGCCUUGCGAGCAGACCUGCGACUCUAGCGGCCAGCAACACCGCUCCAACUCUACCUACUUUACCUCAGAUAUCCACUCAGAUCCAACAGCAGCAGCAACAACAGCAGCAGCCUCCUCUUUCCGCGAGACCAACAACGCUGAAUCACACUCACUCCUACUCUCGGUCCAGCCCCGGCGCCAUGGACCAACCCAAAUACAAACCCUUUACAGAUACUCCUGAUCAGAGCAAAUAUCCAUCCGCCCCAAACUCAUACGUCCCGCAGACUCCUCAAGGACCACCCUCAUAUUCUCCUCUCGGUCUGGCAGACAUCAGACCGAGGACAGACCCGACUUUCACGGAUAUACCCUUCAGUCCGGGGGUGGCGCAGGAGAACGAGAUUGUACAGUAUCCCCAAAAUAGCAAUUAUAUCGCGCCUUGGCCUAUCUACGCGGUCGAUUGGUGUAAGUGGCCUCCGCGGUCCAGCAACGGUUCGGCGGGCAAAGUGGCCCUUGGCAGCUAUCUGGAAGACAAUCACAAUUAUAUUCAAAUAUUGGACACUCAAAGAUCGCAAAUAGAUCCCGACAACCCCCACGGCGAGCGAGGGUUGGAGUUCAUCAAAACCGCAGAAGCUACCCAUGCAUAUCCCGUGACCAGGAUAUUAUGGGAACCACCUUCAUCGAAUAAGCAGACAACAGAUCUAUUAGCAACGUCCGGCGACCACCUUCGAUUGUGGUCUCUGCCGAACGACCAACAUUCGUAUGCAUCGAACUCGGUCACACGGUCAGCAACCAACAAAACUCCUCCGUUACAAAAGCUGUCACCACUUGCCUUGCUAUCUAAUUCGAAAUCGCCCGAGCACACUGCCCCCAUCACGUCGCUAGAUUGGAAUGUGGUCCAGCCAUCGUUGAUUAUCACAUCGUCGAUCGACACUACCUGUACCAUCUGGGACAUCCCUACGCUUACAGCCAAGACGCAGCUCAUCGCGCACGACAAGGAAGUCUACGAUGUGCGGUUUUGUGCCAACAGCGUGGACGUGUUUGUCUCGUGUGGCGCGGAUGGAAGUGUCAGGAUGUUCGAUCUCAGAAGUCUCGAACACAGCACGAUCAUAUAUGAGCCGUCAGAGAAGCAGCAGCAAGAGAAGAACUCACAACUGACCGAUCUCUCCACCUCACCAACACGAGCCUCUGGUUCGGGCGGCUUAUCAACACUCUCUUUCCCACCUCCCUUACUCCGCAUCGCGGCUUCUCCCCACGAUGCUCACUUGCUCGCCACAUUUAGCCAAGACUCGAAUAUCAUUCGUGUUUUGGACGUUCGACAGCCCGGCCAGGCCUUACUUGAAUUGAAAGGGCACGCCGCCGCCGUCAACUGCAUCGAUUGGAGCAAUUCGCAACGCGGCGUACUGGCCUCUGGUGCAGAUGAUUGUUGUGUGUUGCUUUGGGAUUUGAUGGGCUCGAGUGCGUCAACCGGACAGAAUAAUGCACCAGGUGGCGUGACGAACAACAGUGGCGGAGGACAGGGACAGGGACAAGAAAGAGGCCCAUCGGCGGUGUGGGAGUCCAAGUUUGAAGUGGGCAAUUUGAGCUGGGCUCCCACGGCGGGAACUCUAGGGGUGUGUGGUGGACGAGGAUUUUGGGGUGUGCAGUUAUGA